UGAAACUGAAGCCCACAGGCCACAGCAGGCAGUCGGAGCGUACAGUUGGGAAGAAAACAGAGGCAGAGGCAGAGGAUUGAUUUGUAUAGCGAAGAAAGUCGGGGAUGUCGCUAAUGAUGCGUCCAAUUGUCCGUGAAGCAGUGUCACUCUUUAUUCAACCCACCGCCAAGAAGUCGUUGGCGUCACAGAGCCUCACCUUAUUGAAUCUCCGAAUUCAAAAGCAUGACUUUGGGAAAUUACCAUCAUCGGAGCUGCACGGUCGGGGGUGGUUAAGUACUACUACUACUACUACUACUAAUACUAGUACUAGUCGAGCCACCAACGCCGACGAUGCUGGCGCCAUCGACUCCCCUCUUAUGAAUUCCAUGCAAAACAAGAUCAAGAAACAUCUGAAUGCAGAAACAGUCACUGUAAAGGAUGCUUAUGGGGAUGGUCGGCAUGUCAGCAUUGAUGUCGUCUCUGCAGCCUUUGAGGGCCAAUCUGCUGUAAAUAGGCAGAGGAUGGUAUACAAAGCCAUAUGGGAAGAGCUUCAGAGCAGAGUGCAUGCAGUUGAUCAGAUGACUACCAAAACCCCUAAUGAAGCAGCUGCUGAGAAGUGAUAGAGCGUUGGGAAUAUACAUUCGCAGGCAGAACUUCCUUGAUUGAUUUGCUUACUGAAUGUCCAGUGUUGAAACUAAACUCAUCCCUUUUAUGGUUCUAAAUUAAUCUAAUCAUUCAUCUGACCUGCUGUGCUCUAAGAUUUAUUUAAUUACUACUUUGUCACGCUAGUUUGAAAGAGAUCGGCCAAUUUACUUUUCUAAUGUUUCGUUC